CACUCAGGACUCUGUCUCUUGUCUCUCACGAGAGAGAUCAUAGGUUCCACGAGGAUUCUACGCCGCGCACGUGACACGCACCGCCAGAAGGUGUUUGUUUGUUUGUUUAUUUAUGAAGUUUCUUAAAAAGGUAGCAAGCCGCCUGGCAAGUUUUGUUUCGUCGUUAAGUUUCAAUGCAGUUGUGCUUCCCAUGUCUUGUAAUGCGCGGAGUUGCUGCAAAAUGUCCUCUGGAAGCUGCUCUCUCCAGUCACAAUUCAUUCAUGCUUUCCCUUCUCCUGCCUGAGCAUGGCUUAUGGCAGACCGGGAAACUGUUAACUAGCGAUAGCAAUCCCAGUGCUUCUUCUAGGAUUUUUGUUACACACACACACACACACACACACACACAUAUAUCUAUAUAUAACAUAUAACACAUAUGUGUGUGUGUGUGUGUCUCUCUCUCUCUCUACACAUAUAAUCAUAUAUAACAUAUAUAUAUAACAUUGGUUCUACUGACAGACCGGCAUUGCAUGAACCAAAGCGAUCAUGAUCACUUUACGUACAUGCACACGCACACACUAUCAGUAGUAACUCAUAUAUAUAUAUAUAUAUAUAUAUAUACACACACACACACACACAGCACACACACAAUAUACAGUCUUAUUAUAAUAUUACCUCAGGUUAAGAACUUUGCUUCAGGAUGAGAACAGAAAUCGUGCAGCAGGAGGCCCCAUUAGCUAAAGUGGUGCUUCAGGUUAAGAACAGUUUCAGGUUAAGAACAGACCUCCAGAACGAAUUAAGUUCUUAACCCAACGUACCAUUGUAUAUAUAUACACACACACUAAUUUUUAUUAGUUUUCCAUUACAAUCCAACAGUAGCCUCAUUAUAGCAAUACCAAUUUAUAAUACAAUUACUAAUACCAAUCGUUCAAAUACCGAAUUAUAUAAUUUAGGUGUGUCCCCCCCACCACGUGCUAGAAUUGAUGGUUUGGGGUUUUUCUUUAUUUCUGCAUUCCAAAAUCUUAACUAAUUUCAACUGAAUUCCAGUCAUAAUAAUAAUCCCUUCUACAACAGCUGCAAUAUUAAUAACUUCUAUUCGUAUUGACACAUUAAAUGUCAUUUGAAACUACAAGUGAGGCACCCAAACUAUAUCCUUGUUCCUCCUGUGUGUGGCAAUUACAGUAUUUUUCGCUCCAUAAGACGCACUUUUUUCCUCCUAAAAAGUAAGGGGAAAUGUCUGUGCGUCUUAUGGAGUGAAUGCGUGGUCCCUGGAGCCAAAUGGCCCAGGGGCAAAAAGCAGAUUGUCCUUUUUUUUUUUUUAGAAAGAGGGAAGAGGGUAUUGAAACAGCAGCACAUAUACUAAAAUUGGAACGAUACAGAGAAGAUUAGCAUGGCCCCUGCGCAAGCAAACAUAGCCGCUGAUCAGCUGAUCAGCAAGCGAUCAGGAGGGGAGAUAAGGGACUCUAGUGAUAAAGGAGGUUGCCUGGGAGUGGGGAGGUAAAGACAGCGAACUUGCAAGUAGAGGAGACAGGAAGAUUAAAGCAAUCAGGAGAGAAAUUAGAAGAAAAGAAGGAGCAAAAAACUGUUCCAGCUAAGGAAAAGACACUAAAGCAAAUGAGGGAAGGGGGUGUUGAAACAAAGCUGCUAAGCAAGGGAUUGGGAGGCAGAUAAGGGACUCUAGAGAUAAAGGAGGCUGCCUGGGAGGGGGGAGGUAAAAGCACAUGGAUCCUCAGGAUUUUUGCACUGGGUCACCCCAAAUUCACCAUCAGAUCACAUAGCAUAUCCAUGGCUACAGCCUGCACCAAAAAACCCCGCACCACUGUUUCGUGGGGCCACAAUGGCGCAAAAACAUGGUUACAAAGCACGGAUCCAUAUGGAUUCUCAGGAUUUUUGCAUUGAGCUACCCCAAACUCACCGUCAAAUCACAUAUCAUGUCUGUGGCCACAGCAUGAACCACAAAAAUCAUACAUCCACUGUUUCGUUCAGAAUAUUUUUUCUUGUUUUCCUCCUUUCAAGACUAAGCGCAUCUUAUGGUCAGGUGCCUCUUAUGGAGUGAAAAAUACGGUAUUCUGUCCCUGGUGUUUCUUACUGUCCUUGUAAAAUGUUAUGUCUAUCUUUUCCAAAGAGAUAUAUCGUUGUCUAAUUCAAAAUUGUCCAAUCUGAAUAAGGGGGAAAGAUUUUUUUUUAAAAAAAGAAGAAUAAAAAGAAUGUCUUAUAGCCAUAGCCUCACAAUCUCUGCUGAGAGGGAGGGUUUUAUUGUCUGGGCAGUCCAGGACCUCCAUACACACUGCAAAGAUUUGCACCCCAGGAAGGGUACUUUGGUGCUGUAUUUUGACUUCACCCCUGGAGGCUCACUCCAUUGUCUCUCAAGACAGAUGGAUGUCAGCAGCAGCAAUAAUAAUAAUGUCCUGGAUUGUGUAGCUCUGUAGGGAAGGUAGAGGAUUUUGGGAGAUUAUCCGCCUUCCUAGUGAUACAGCAUACUCUUGCAGAGAUCUUUUUCAACAUUCAGCUAUGUUUUUAAAGUACAGGAUAUUUCCUCCCAUUAGGAAUAUUUUACACAAUGCCCACUUUACACACUGGUGCAUUGGAUCCUUACCAUAGGAGCCAACUCCUAGGGGCUUAGGGGGCUUUGCCCCUUCAAUAAAAUAUUUGACACCCCCCCACCAGUUCAUGGGCAUUGGUAUUCAAAUGGUGAGUGUGCACCGUGUCACGUGAUCGAUUAUGUAGGGUGGGGCUUAUCAGCUUGCACCCCCCCCCCUAGUUUAUUCAAGUUGGCACCCCUGAUCUGUCACAUUUCUAUUUUACAGAUGGGAAGCCAGAGCUUGGAAUUUCUUUAUGGCCACUCAGCAAAUCCAUGACUGCAUUGGAACUUGAAUCCAUAUGUUACAGAUCAGAAGUUCUGCAGAAUGUAAAAUUGUGAUGCUUUGAUGGAUGGAUGGCGACUAACAGAUUGAGGUUGAAUCCUGACAAGACAGAAGUACUGUUUUGGGGGGACAGGAGGCGGGCGGUUGUGGAGGACUCCCUGGUCCUGAAUGGGGUAACUGUAACUCUGAAGGACCAAGUGCGCAGCCUGGGAGUCAUUCUGGACUCACAGCUAUCCAUGGAGGCACAGAUCAAUUCUGUGUCCAGGGCAGCUGUUUAUCAGCUCCACCUAGUGCGCAGGCUGAGACCUUACCUGUCCGUGGACUUCCUCGCCAGAGUGGUGCAUGCUCUGGUUAUCUCUCACUUGGACUACUGCAGUGCGCUCUAUGUGGGGCUACCUUUGAAGAUGACCCAGAAACUACAACUAAUCCAGAAUGCAGCAGCUAGACUGGUGACUGGGAGCGGCCGCCGAGACCAUAUAACACUGGUCUUGAAAGACCUACACUGGCUCCCAGUACGUUUCCGAGCACAAUUCAAAGUGUUGGUGCUGACCUUUAAAGCCCUAAACGGCCUUGGUCCGGUAUACCUGAAGGAGCAUCUCCACCCCCAUUGUUCUGCCCGGACACUGAGGUCCAGCACCGAGGGCCUUCUGGCGGUUCCCUCACUGCGAGAAGCCAAGUUACAGGGAACCAGGCAGAGGGCCUUCUUGGUAGUGGCGCCUGCCCUGUGGAACGCCCUCCCACCAGAUGUCAAAGAGAAAAAUAACUUCCAAACUUUUAGAAGACAUCUAAAGGCAGCCCUGUUUAGGGAAGCUUUCAAUGUUUAAUAGGUUAUUGUAUUUUAGUUGUUUUGUUGGAAGCCGCCCAGAAUGGCUGGGGAAACCCAGCCAGAUGGGUGGGGUAUAAAUAAUAAAUUAUUAUUAUUAUUAUUAUUAUUAUUAUUAUUAUUAUUAUUAUUAUUUGAUACUCUUUUUGAUGUUCAGUGUGUCUCCUGUUUGGCGGUACAGUUAAGAGUUUGGGCCAAAUAAGGACAUAGCUAAUUUUCAGAGUAAGGUGAAUCUCAUUGAUCUUGCAAUUUUAAUGAGGUGAAUCUCAUUGAUCUUGCAAUUUUAUCUGUCGUGGAAGGCUACAGUGCAGCAGCAACCCUUAUCUUUGUAAGUCUGAAUAUUAUAUAUGUGUAUGUGUAUGAAAUGCAUUCAGUUGUGUGGUAUUAAUUAUAGCAUGGAACAUAUAACUACUUAGUGGAUAAUUCAUAAGCAACACAAAGGUGGCCUCUUUGAGCCAGGAAAUGUGAUUUCUCACAUGAUACAAGUAUGACUGUAGCGGGGUCUGCCCUGAAACUCCCUCCCCCUAUGCAGUGCAUAACAUUUGCAGCUUUCUCGCUAGGUUAGCCAGGAGAAGGGCAGAAUGAUAUCCAAUUAAUUGCUUUUACAGCUUUAGAAAUAUGAAAGAGAAACUUGCUGCAUUUUUAAAUCCUUUUUUGCCAGGACUAUAUUUGCAGGACAAGAAGAUGGAAGUUGAUGAAACUAGUGCAUUGCUACCAAAGGUAAUCAUUAUGAUUUGCAUAUUGUUUCUGAGUUUACCCUUGUCUUUGGAGAUCUUUAGUCCUCUAUAUAUGGCAUCGUUUUCCCAUUUGUGUGGAGGGGAAAACAAAUGAGAUUUUCUAAUAGCAUGUGGGGAGAGAGAGAGAGAGGGAAAGAAAGAAAGAAAGAAAGAAAGAAAGAAAGAAAGAAAGAAAAACUGUUGACCUAAUUCUGCAGAGACUAAAUUUUUCCCUAGUCCAUCAUGUUGCAUGGUCAUCAAUAUGAAAAUAUUAAGAAUAAUCCUAAAUAAGUUUAAGUUGAAGUAAGUCCCCUGAGUUCUGUCAGACUUUCUUCUAAUGAAAUAUACUUAAGACUAUGUAUUAGCAUGUCUACUAAGAAGAAUGCCUUAAAAUGACCAUUUGACGUUCCUUGGUCUUACAUACGUACCUUUUAUUCUAUUCCAAGUUCAAUCACACCAUCAAUCACUUUGCCUGCCACUUCCCUCAGUCAUUUUAAAUGGCCUCUUCUCUCUCUUGAAUGGAUCACAUAUGCUUUGUCCUUCCCAUCAGAUUUCCCCAUAAUGUUGCCCUCUGCCCACUAUAGCUCAGCAGUGAUACAUCAGAAACCUCUGUCAUCACUGCGCAUAAGGCAGUUCCCCGUCAUAAUUUAAAACAAAUGGCUUCCCCCUCCCCCAAAGAAUCUUGGGGACUGUAGAUUAUUACAUUGCAGCUCUGUGAGGGGUAAACUACAGUUCCCAGGAUUCUCUGAGGGGAGUCGUAUAUAUUAAAUGUUCAUUGAAUGUACAGUGGUACCUCGGGUUAAGUACUUAAUUCGUUCUGGAGGUCCGUUCUUAACCUGAAACUGUUCUUAACCUGAAGCACCACUUUAGCUAAUGGGGCCUCCCGCUGCCGCCGGAGCACGAUUUCUGCUCUCAUCCUGAAGCAAAGUUCUUAACCUGAGGUAAUAUUUCUGGGUUAGCGGAGUCUGUAACCUGAAGCAUAUGUAACCUGAAGUGUAUGUAACCCGAGGUACCACUGUACUUUAAAUGUAUGGUGUGGAUCUUCCCUUAAUCUAUGCUUCUGCCUCCAGCUGUCUUAUAAAGUAAAGCCACAGGGAAUCAAGUCUUUGCUGACUAGAUGAUAACCCAGCCAUAAUGUAUUAUUCCCCCCUGCCAUAUAAGUCGAUCAAAAAUCUAUUUUCUGUCCUGUCCUCUGCUCUCUACCCUACGGUUAUGCCAAAGGCUUUCAGUUAUACAACAGGAUAUUCUGAGAAGGGAAUGCUUACUGUACCUUCCUUUUUGGUUUUGUUCCUCAUCUCUGACGCUUGGUCUACAUUUUCUUCGGUUCUCUUCUUUGUUUAGGCGGACAGAGUGGACAUAUUUUGCCCGUCUAAUGCACAGGGCUCCCUGCUGAAUCCCAGCAGAGGAAGAGAAGCAUGGCAUCUUAGGAAACGGACAAGAAAAUGGCGCCUCUGCCCAUCUUCCCAUCACCCUCUGGAUUCACUUAGCCACUGUGUUAAAUACUUGACCUUUGUUUGGAAUCUAGCCUUCUCCAUUACAGGAUUGCUCAUUUUGGCCAUCGGGAUCUGGGGUCUCUCUGACAAAGAGUCACUGGCAAGUGAGCGGAUAACUUAUUUGGGCAGCGACCCCAUGCUCUUUUUUGUGUUAGCGGGUCUUGUAGCCAGCACAAUCUCUCUCUUGGGCUGCCUAGGAGCCCUCUUUGAAAACACCUGCCUCUUGAAGCUUUUCACGGGAGGAAUCAUGAUGUUUGUGAUCCUGGAAACUCUGGGUGGAAUCGUUUUCUUUUCUCUGAGACGCCAAAUCAAGACGUCCUUGCAAGAGUCCCUCACAGUGGCCGUGUUACGAUACCAGGAUGACCCAGAUCUCAAAUUCAUCAUGGAUGAAAUUCAGAUGGGCCUGCAGUGCUGUGGGGUGGAAUCCUACCUAGACUGGAAAACAAAUUUGUGAGUAUGAGCCUACUUGGAGAAUUCCCCUUGCCCUGUUCUGUUAACACCUAGGAAAGGUGGGAGAACAGUAGCACAUCACAGCACAAUGUAGCCCAAUCAUCGUCAUCAUCACCCAUCAAUCAAAAUUGCUAAUAAUGCCAUCUGUUUUCAACAAUUCAAAGUGUUGGUGUUGACCUUUAAAGCCCUAAAUGGCCUUGGCCCAGUAUACCUGAAGGAGCGUCUCCACCCCCAUCGUUCUGCCCGGAUGCUGAGGUCCAGUGCCGAGGGCCUUCUGGCGGUUCCCUCAUUGCAAGAAGCAAAGCUACAGGGAACCAGGCAGAGGGCCUUCUCGGUAGUGGCGCCCGCCCUGUGGAACGCCCUCCCAUCAGAUGUCAAAGAGAUAAACAACUACCUGACAUUUAGAAGACAUCUGAAGGCAACCCUGUUCAGGGAAGUUUUUAAUGUGUGACAUUUUAAUGUAUUUUUUAAUCUUUGUUGGAAGCCGCCCAGAGUGGCUAGGGAAACCCAGCCAGAUGGGCGGGGUACAAAUAAUAAAUUAUUAUUAUAUUAUUAUUAUUAUUUUCAUCUACACUUUAUGUGAUUGAAACAAAACUAUAUUGUGUUCUCCUCACGUAAUGCCUGCAAGAAGCCUGGGAAGCCUAGGAAGACAGUGUGUGAUUGAUAAAUGCCCAUCUUGUUUCACCAGCAUGGUAUUCACAUUUUACUUGGGUUUCACCUGAGCUACUAAUCUGGGUUGAUCCUCUUGCUUGCUUUCGUUUUAAGAGACCUAAUUGAGUUCAUUUCUAACCAGAAUCAUGCUGAGAGAGGCCUCAGUCUAUAAGCAGUUUAGCCACACUAAAAUCAGUGGGACAUGUUGCUUGUGAAUAACUAAGCAUGACUAAUUUUCUCUGGAUCGGCUCCAGAAUAUGCAAGAAAACCUCACAGCCACAGAAAAUCUUGUCUAUGGUUUCUGUGCUGCUAAUAUUCAUCUCCUUCAUGUUUCCACACACACAAUUCUUCAUUGAAAAAGGAAUUGUACCUAGUAUAAAAUUAUAAGUGCACAAGGUAAAAUAAGAUGUGGGGGGAAAUAACAGUUGUUAAGAUACAGCCAUGUAAAAAGACAACAGAAAAAAACCUUACAAACAUUGAGGUAUUAGGUUAAGUUUAGGAUAAGUACAAUAACAAGCUUGUAAUUUUUGUGGGGUUUUUUGCCCUUUCUUUAUAAAAGCAUAUUGUGCCAUGUUGUUGUCAGUAAAUGCAAGAAGUGCUGGACAGUUUCUAAGGCUGUGUCAGUUUAGUCUCAUCUUUUGUUCAAAGGCAACGUUCAUGUGCAUAUUUAACAUAUUUACUCAGGACCUGCAUGUGCACACCCAGUGAUAACUGGCACAAUUGGCUUUAACACUGGCAGGAAGUAUUGUAUGAGGUGCUCUGGCUUGUUCUUGUUAAGAGGCUUCCUUAGCUGCUGCAUCUGGUCUCUCUCUGUGCUCCCCUCCUUUGGUGUGAGCUGGUAAGUGGUGCACAGCUUGAAUCCACACCUGCCACCUCUCCGGUCCUCCGUUCAAGAAUUGCUGUGAGCUCAAACCCUAACAGGCAGUGUCAAAACUGCUGCUGCCGUCCAUCCAUUCAGCAACACAUGCCUAAAGUCAAUUACGCAUGGAUCACACUGUGCACACAGUGCUGGGUGUGCAGUUUCCCUUUGCAAAGUACGCCUCUGCAUGCAUUGGUCCUGGUCAAGUUAGCGAAUCCAUGUGCAGACCAUCCUUACCAGCAGGAAUGCCAUCCUUUGCCUGGAUAUCUUCUGCAUUCACAUGCAGAAAACGGAGUGGGUGUGCUGGAAGAGGCGGAGAGCCUCUGUGCCUUAGCAGCAGAUGAAAUGAUUCUUCCUGUUAUCACAUUCCAGAUAUUUUAACUGCAGUUCUCCAGGCGUGCAAGCCUGCGGCGUCCCAGCUUCCUGCUGCCUGGAUCCGCUGGAAAACGGUACCAUCCCGAAUUCCCAGUGUGGCUUUGGCACCCUGGCCCUGGAGGAGUUUGUGGCCCAAAGCACCGUCUAUCUCGGAGGCUGCGUUCCCCAGCUGAGCAGAUGGCUUAAUAAUCACGCAGGAGUGAUUGGCUUGUAUUGUGUGCUUCUGAUUGUGAUUGAAGUAGGAAGCUUAAUCCUGACCGCUAAGCUCCUGGCAGGCAUUGCCCUUGCUAGGACUCGGGAUUCCAGUGAGAGGGAGGAAACAUAUUUGCUCUCCUAUCAUCAGAGACAAAAGGGAUUUUGCUCAUGAUCUGCUGCAAACUAUGAAUCCAGAAUAACCUUCUGAGCGCAACGGGAACUUAGAGGGGAGGGGUGUUAUGUACUAAGCUUGGAUCCUAAAACAAUAGGCAAGUAGGAUCCUAGAAUGCAACAACUGAUUGGCUUGCAGGAAAAGACCAAUCAGGCUCCAGGAGGAAGUUAAUCAGCCUAUUAGUCUGGUAGGAUCGUAGAAUGCAACAACUGAUUGGCCUGCAGGAAAAGACCUAUCAGGCUCCAGGAGGGAAGCAGAAUCAGCCAAUUAGACGGGACUCAUUGUGUAAAUAAUGUAUAUAAAAGCCUGGGGAAAUUGGUGGGGAAAUUCAGUCACUGUUUUACAAGCUGCAAUAAAGAGCAUGAAAUCA